CUAAACUCCUCAAGAUUAGUACGUUUUUAAGAAGCGAAAUAUGUGAUGGGAAAAAGUUAGGCCGGGAAGUACAGUAUAGAGCGGUAGCGGUGGUAAGGAGAGGGACCGCCGCGACCUCUAAGGGCAUCACGAAUUCGAAAGAUGAGAUGUGGGGGCUAUCUUUUUCAAUAAUGACAUCGCUGAUUACGUGGCAACCUGGGGUUGCAGGCUUUGCUUCUCCUGAAUUGGUUACUGCCAAAAACCAAAAAAGCAACUCACUCUCUGCCAAACAGGGGCGGCGCCGCGGCCAUUUUUUCCCAAUUCUCCGCAACCACUUUCGCCACCACUCACUCACUCACUAACUCAGCCAAACAGCUUUCUUCUGUUGCCAAUUUUAUCCAAACGAAACGAAGUUGUACCGAUUUAUACCUGAAUUUUGCAACAUGCCGCCGGAAGAAACUGUUUCUAAGUCGCCUCUUGACAAACCGCUGCACCAACUUACGGACGACGACAUUUCUCAGCUCACUCGCGAAGAUUGCCGCCGUUAUCUUAAAGAUAAAGGGAUGAGAAGGCCGUCAUGGAAUAAAUCACAGGCGAUUCAGCAGGUGAUUUCACUGAAGGCGCUACUUGAGACGCCGCCGGAUACCGACACCGGCCAGCGGAAAAGGCUUCACAUUCCUCGCCCAGACACUAGUCUACAGCGUGUCCAGAAAGGAACAAAUACUGAUGCAGGAUUUUCUGAAUCGGUUGAAGAAAUUGUACCGUAUGGAAGAAAGCAUCCAAAUAAACCUGAUCUUUCUGGUGAUAAAGCUGCAGGUUCUGUUGCAGUUGUCAAUAACUUAGCUCCUUCUAGAACCAGAGACUCAGGAAACACACCAGCAGGUCAAUUGACAAUCUUCUAUUGUGGAAAGGUGAAUGUGUACGAUGAUGUUCCUGCUGGAAAGGCACAAGCAAUCAUGCAUCUUGCUGCAAGCCCACUCUUUGUGCCUUCAGAAACUCCGUUGGAUGCUGCCAGAGCAGCUCGACAUUCCGAAUGCGAUUUGCAGGCUGCAAAUGUUAAGCUGGGUCCAGAUUCUCGUAUGGUGCUCAUGCCGACCAUGCAAACAGGGAAAAUGAGUGAAGUGACUCGCCUGCAUUUGGAGGAAAGCAACACCUUCUAUGAAGACAAUUCGGCAGCAGUGGAAGGCAACACAAGCAGGAAAGCAUCAGUGCAAAGAUAUAUUGAGAAACGGAAAGACAGGUUGAAGAGCAAGAGAAAGAUGGGAAUGUCUUCAUCUGCUAGCUUGGACAUCUAUUUGAACCAUCGAACCGGAAAUCAUACCUCAAAUGAGCUGUCAAGUAGGAGCAACACUUGUUCCCCGCCCACAAUUAGAUUAUCUGCUGCACCUGCUCCUAGUGGUUCAGUGGAUAAGAUUCACCAAAUGGAUGCCAAUUCUUCUGCUUUUCUCAAUGACAAAGAUGGUAAAGAGUGAAAACUGGAUGGCGAGGAACACUCAUGCUUUCUAAUUUGUUUUCAUGCUCCAGAAAGUCUAGGAGGUGACAUCUGUUCCAGCCUCUGCAUGGUUGAAUGACGAGGAAACAGGUAGGUUGUUCCUUGUGAAUUUGUGUCCAGAGGCACUUUGUAUUUAGGCUGUCGUCAUUCCUUUGUUAAAUUAAGAGAGUUAGUCAGGAAUAGUCCUCUUCUUGCCAUGUAACGUUUUUCGCUUUCAGAAUCUUUUUGAAAGCCAAUCCUAAGAGUCCCACUUUAGUGUAGAAUUUUAGGCAGUUGCAUUUUUACUUUUGCUGGAACUGGUUCCAAGGAGCUAAUGUGGAACACUAUUGUAAUUAGUCUCGGCUUUCCGCUCUAACAAGACAUGAUUUUGGCUGAACAGUGGAAGUACAUGGGUUACCAAGACAAAUUCUUGUUUUAUGUGGACUGAUUCUUGGGAAAAAUUUAAAUUUGAGACUUGGUAAAAAGGUUUAAGUUUGGUUAGUA